AUGGAAGCUGUUGGAGAGGCUCUUCUUUCCUCUUUCGUUCAACUCUUGGUUAGCAAACUGAAGUUCCCCUCUGAUUUGUUGAAGUAUGCCCGCCAAGAGCAAGUCCACAGGGAGCUCAAGAAAUGGGAGGAAACACUGACGGAGAUGCUUGGACUGCUCGAUGUCGCUGAGCACAAGCAGAUCAACGAUCCCUCCGUGAAAGCAUGGCUCGAACAUCUCCGGGAUUUGGCUUAUGACAUGGAGGACAUCUUGGACGAGUUUGGCUACGAGGCUUUGCGAAGAAAGGUGAUGGCAGAAGCUGAUGGUGAAGCCAGCACAAGCAAGGUACGCAAGCUCAUCCCUACUUGUUGUACUACUUUCACUCCCGUCAGGGCUAUGCGUAAUGUUAAGAUGGGGUCCAAGAUAACGGAGAUCACUCGCCGUUUAGAAGAUAUUUCAGCUCAAAAGGCAGGGCUUGGUUUGAAGUGUUUGGACAAGGGCAGGGAUGCAGAUAAACAGAUCAUAAUUGAGAUGCUGCUUAAGGAUGAACCCGCUGCAACCAAUGUUUCUGUAGUUUCCAUCGUGGCCAUGGGUGGGAUGGGCAAGACUACUCUGGCAAAACUGGUGUACGAUGAUACUGCAGAGCCCAUAGCCAAUCGUUUUGCUCUGAAAGCCUGGGUUUCUGUAUCAAUUGAUUUUGAUAAAGUGGGAGUAACAAAGAAACUUCUCAACUCUCUUCCUUCUCAAAGCAGUAAUUCAGAGGACUUUCAUGAAAUUCAACGUCAGUUGAAGGAGGCAUUGAGGGGAAAAAGAUUUUUGAUAGUUUUGGACGAUUUGUGGGGAGACAUGCGUGAUAAAUGGGACGACCUACGCUCCCCUUUCUUGGAGGCAGCAUCAGGAAGCAAAAUCUUGGUCACCACUCGCGAUCGAGAUGUUGCAGAAUGGGUGGGGGGACCCAACAACUUACAUGUCCUCAAACCCUUAUCUGAUGAUGACUGUUGGUCGGUAUUUCAAACACAUGCUUUCCAACAUAUAAAUAUCCACGAGCACCCGAAUUUGGAAUCAAUUGGCAGGAAAAUUGUAGAGAAGUGUGGAGGUUUGCCCUUGGCGGCAAAAGCACUUGGUGGCCUUCUGCGUGCUGAACGAAGAGAACGUGAAUGGGAAAGAGUAUUAGAUAGCAAAAUAUGGGAUUUACCUGACAACACCAUCAUCCCUGCAUUGAGAUUGAGUUACAUUCAUCUCCCUUCACAUUUAAAGAGGUGUUUUGCUUAUUGCGCGAUAUUUCCCCAAGACUAUGAGUUUACGAAGGAAGAGCUAAUCCCCUUAUGGAUGGCGGAGGGGCUAAUUCAACAAUCAAAAGAUACUAGGAGAAAAGAAGAUUUUGGUGAUAAGUAUUUUUGUGAGCUAUUUUCAAGGUCAUUUUUCCAAUCGUCAAGUAGUAAUGGAUCACUGUUCGUGAUGCAUGACCUUCUUAACGAUCUAGCUAAAUAUGUUGCUGGAGAUACAUGCUUGCAUUUGGAUGAUGAGUUUAAGAAUAAUUUGCAAUGUCUCAUUCCUGAAAGUACUCGCCAUUCAUCUUUCUUCCGUGGUAGUUAUGAUAUCUUUAAAAAGUUUGAAAGGUUUCAUAAGAAGGAGCACUUGCGCACGUUCAUAACUGUACCAAGACAAAGAUUUACUUGUGAAUGGAUUAGUAAUAAGGUGCUUCAAGAUUUGAUACCAAGAUUAGGAUACCUAAGGGUGCUCUCCUUGAGUGGUUAUAAGAUAAAUGAGAUACCAAAUGAAUUUGGCAAUUUGAAACUUUUAAGGUAUCUUAAUUUAUCUGAAACCCAAAUUGAAUAUUUACCUGAUUCAAUUGGCGGUCUUUACAAUCUACAGACAUUGAUAUUAUCAGACUGUUGGAGGCUUACCAGGUUGCCUAUUAGCAUUGGGCACCUAAUUAACCUUCGACAUCUUGAUGUUAGUGGCAACUACAAAUUACAAAAAAUGCCUUCACAAAUUGGCAAAUUAAAAGAUUUGCAGGUAUUGUCUAAUUUCAUGGUGGGCAAAAACAAUGGUUUGAAUAUCAAAGAGUUGAGAGAAAUGUCAAAUCUUAGAGGUGAACUCUGUAUUUCAAAAUUGGAAAAUGUGGUGAAUGUUCAAGAUGUAAGGGUUGCCCGUCUAAAAUUAAAAGAUAACCUUGAAAGAUUGACACUAGCGUGGAGUUUUGACUCGGAUGGUUCAAGGAAUGGAAUGGAUCAAAUGAAUGUCCUUCACCAUUUAGAACCUCAAUCGAAUCUGAAUGAACUCAACAUUUAUUCAUAUGGUGGUCCAGAAUUCCCAGAUUGGAUAAGGAAUGGCUCAUUCUCUAAAAUGGCGGUUCUAAGUCUCAAAGAUUGCAAAAAGUGCACAUCUUUACCGUGCUUGGGGCGGUUACCAUCGCUUAAACGGUUGAGGAUUCAAGGAAUGGAUGGAGUAAAAAAUGUGGGUUCAGAGUUUUAUGGAGAGACGUGUCUUUCUGCAGAUAAGCUUUUCCCAUCACUAGAGUCUCUACGGUUUGGAAAUAUGUCAGAAUGGGAGUAUUGGGAGGACUGGUCCUCCUCGAUAGAUUCCUCAUUCCCUUGCCUCCGUGAGCUUACAAUUGAUAAUUGCCCUAAAUUGAUUAAGAAAAUACCCACUAACCUACCUUUGCUGACAGAGCUCUAUGUUGACAACUGUCCAAAACUGGAGUCUACACUUUUAAGGCUACCAUCUCUCAAGGAAUUGAAAGUCAAGGAAUGUAAUGAGGCGGUCUUGAGAAACGGAACUGAGCUCACCUCAGUGACCUCACUCACCGAGUUAACAGUUUCUGGGAUUUUAGGGCUUAUCAAAUUGCAACAAGGAUUCGUGCGGUCAUUGUCAGGGCUUCAGGCUUUGGAAUUUUCAAAAUGCGAAGAGCUUACAUGUUUGUGGGAGGAUGGGUUUGAAUCGGAAAGCCUUCACUGCCAUCAACUUGUAUCCUUGGGAUGCAAUCUUCGGUCUUUAAAAUAAAUAAUGUGAUAAACUAGAGAGGCUUCCAAAUGGAUGGCAGAGUCUAACAUGCCUUGAAGCGUUGGAAAUCAUGGACUGUCCAAAGCUGGUGUCAUUUCCCGAUGUAGGUUUCCCACCAAAGCUGAGAAGUCUUACUUUUGAAAAUUGUGAAGGUCUCAAGUGUCUACCUGAUGGGAUGAUGCGAAAUAGUAACGCCAGCAGUAACUCAUGUGUCCUUGAAUCCUUAGAGAUAAUGCAGUGUUCAUCUCUCAUUAGCUUUCCAAAAGGGCAAUUACCCACCACCCUAAAGAAACUAAGCAUACGGGAGUGUGAAAAUCUAAAGUCUCUUCCAGAAGGAAUGAUGCACUGCAAUUCCAUCGCCACCACCAACACCAUGGACACGUGUGCCCUUGAAUUCUUAUUUAUAAAGGGGUGUCCGUCUCUGAUUGGUUUUCCGAAAGGUGGGUUACCUACCACUCUCAAGGAACUCAAAAUAAUGAAGUGUGAAAGGCUAGAGUCUCUACCAGAGGGACUAAUGCACCACGAUUCCACCAAUGCUGCUGCUCUUCAAAUCCUGAAAAUCUCUUCAUGUUCAUCUCUCACAUCCUUCCAAGAGGGAAGUUUCCUUCCACCCUUGAGCAACUUCGGAUUAAGGAUUGUGAACAACUAGAGUCACUUUCAGAGGAGAUGUUUCACCCUACCAAUAAUUCACUUCAAUCUUUACACAUCCGGGGGUAUCCUAAUCUCAAAGCCCUGCCAGAUUGCCUCAACACCCUUACAGAUCUAAGGAUUGAAGAUUUUAAAAAUCUGGAAUUGUUGCUUCCUCGAAUAAAAAACCUCACUCGUCUUACAGAGCUUUCCAUCUGUUAUUGUGAGAAUAUCAAGACCCCCCUAUCCCAAUGGGGCCUUUCCGGACUCACCUCUCUUAAAGACCUUGCCAUAGGAGGCAUGUUUCCAGAUGCAACUUCCUUUUCGAAUGACCCCCGCUUGAUUCUUCUUCCUACAACUCUCACCUCCCUUUCCAUUUCACAAUUCCAGAAUCUGGAAUCACUAACCUCCCUGUCUCUCCAAACCCUCACCUCUCUUGAACGGUUAGAGAUCGACAAUUGCCCGAAGCUCCGGUCAAUUUUGCCAAGGGAAGGACUGAUGCCUGACACCCUUUCACAACUGUAUAUGUCGGGGUGCCCACAUCUACAACAAAGGUACUCGAAGGAGAAAGGAGUUGAUUGGUCCAAGAUUGCCCACAUCCCUUAUGUGCAGAUAUAAGACUAAUUCAUCUCUGAGCAAUAAAUAAGAAAGCAGCUUUUCACAUGGCUCCUAACUUGGCAUUUUCUCUUUAAUCCGUCGCAAUCAGAAAUGAGCAUCACUACUUCUCCCUUGCCAGGUGCAUUUUUAGCGCUUAAAAUGUAAAAAGGAGAAGAGAGGAUUAGCUCCCUUAAUAGAUGAAUGACAAACGGCUUCUUGGCAAAAUUAUCUUCAGCUACGUUAUGCUCAAAUGGGUUGCACAUCUUGUUGGAGUGACAAUGUCAAAUAAGAUGUACAUUAUACGAAUAUUUGACCAUCUGAGAAGCAUCUGAAUCUGGAAACUACCAGUGUGCCUCUACAACCUUAGAAUUCCUCACAUAAGAAAAUGUGGAUCUCAAGUCCCUACCUCAUCAGAUUCAGAGUCUCACAUCUUUUCAACAGAUUCAGAGUUUCACAUCUCUUCACAUGGUCCAGGUUCUGGACUUCUUUCAGAAAGCAAUUUCACAAAUACAAUUGCAAGGGUAUUAAGACACCUUGUCUUUGUGGACCCUCCAAAGAUUCGCCUUUCACAAAACUCGAUUCAUUCAUUUUAUAUUGUGCAUUGUUAAAUGCAGUUUCCUUUCGACAGUAUUUCUUGCUACAAAUCUCAUUGAUCUUUCAAUAAAAAGACUCAAAUCUGGAAUCCUUAGCCACCUCCCUUGGUCUUCAAAACUUCAUCUCUGUUCAACUUGUAGAGAUUGAGGAGUGCCCUGUUCUAGUCCCCAUUGCCAAGUGAAAGGCUAUCUGCUGAGUUUUAUUGAGUGUCCACUUCUAAAUCAAAGAUGUUUGAUGGAGAAUAAUGGAGAUUGGCCCCGGAUUGCUUGCUUAGCCUAAUGUGAGAAUAGAUCAUGAAGUCAUUUUUGAACCAUAAUAAGUUCAAAUUGCAAAAAUGGGUGUAGAGGCAAUUCAACCUUAUCCUAUCCUUACAUUUAAUAAGGUGCUCUCUGAGCAGUUUUAGUUGGAGAUUUGACAUGCAGGCAUAGGAAAAAAAAUGACAAAGGAGGGUCCCAUUUGACAACAGUUACAAAUUGGCAUGGAUGUCGCGAUUUCAAUGUUUUCACAAUGUCAAACGGAAUUAUUCAAUUUGUUGUAUGUUCAAUGCUCUUAUUGUGUUGACAAAAUGGGAUUUGGAGUUCACGUUGGAGAUUACAAGUUUGAACUGAAUGCAAAUUUGAACAAUGUUUGAAAUGAAAAACACUUUUUGGCAUGUCCUGCUAUCUUGAGUUGCACAAGUCAGAGGCUCAAAGAGCACAAACUCUUAUGACUGGAGGAAAGACAACUGACUUCUCAUUCUAUGGGCUAUGCAUCAGAGACACAACUUCUAAAUCCAAUGAUGAGACAUCAGUUCAAGAUUGCUCACAUCUCCUAUUUGGAAAUAGAUGGAGAGAUUCAUCUUUGAUCCAUAAUAGUUGGGAUUCCAAAAAUGGAAGCAGGUAGAGUUCACCCUGUUCUAUCCAUAUAUUCAGUAAGUUUCAUCUAUUCCCAACACAUAAUUCUUACAUUUUAUCUUCUUGUUAUGAUUAUAAAUUGUCAUACUAUUGAAAUUUUCUACAAGUUGAGCUACUAGAGAAUCCCUACACUGAACCUUUUUGUUGAAAACCUGACUAGGGUGCAGCUUCUGACAGCAGUUACAAGCUUUAAGGCUUGACAUUUUCUAUUCAAAGUUUGUUCCCCUUGUUGGUCCCUCCCAUAGUCCCAUGAUUAUUUUUGCGACAGGUUCUCUAACUUCUUAUUCACCAUGUUUCCUACUUUGCUCAGGUGUAGUGACAUUCCAAUUGGAUAUCUGGAAUUUAUAUGUUGUAAUGAAUGAGAAUCUACUAGCUUCGUGCUUCUUAGAGAGCCAAUAAUUGAUGGUUGCAUGCCCAAGUCUAGGGACAAGUUUUUCAUCCAAUGGGCCAGUUUCCUACAUAUUCCUAAUGAAGGUGGAGAUCCUUAAUUGCCAAAAUUUGGAGUGUAGAGUAGAUGAAUGUUGUCAAAUGCAAAAGAGGAACACUACUUCUAUUGAAUACUGAUUAAGGGUUUUCAAAAGCAUUUUCUCCGGUAUCAGUGUUGGAAGACAAGCUGCCACAGAAACAACUAGCAGCUUUGAUUGAGUUGGUGUCUCAAGUCUCCCAAAGAACUCACAAUUGAGUUGGUGCUCAAGUCAAUUUACUUCCCCAAGAUAGGCUAGCUUCCUCCAAUGCUUUAAAAUGUGGAGAUUACAAGUUGCUAAAAUCUGUGUCUAUAUUAGAUGAAGAUUGGGUGAUUCACAAGAACAACUGUGCAUCCCUUGAAUCAUGUAUGUUGCUCAGUCUCCGCACUAAGCUCCAUUUGUAUUUGGCAAGUGAAACUACAUAUGGGAGACAGAACUCCUAAAUCCAAUUAUGAGAGAUGACCCAAAGAUAGCUCGCAUAUCCUGUGUGAAAACAGAUGGCGCGAUUCAUGUUUGAUCUAUAAUGGUUCACUACAAUAGCAGAAGCGAGGAGAUUUCACCAUAUCCUAGUUUCAUACCAUUGAAAUUUCCUACAAGUGGAGCUAUUUGGUGAAUUUUGCACUUAACCUUUAUUGUUAAAAAACUUCACUAAGGGGCAGCUUUUAACAGCAGUUAUAAGCUUUAUGGCUUUACAUUUACGAUUCAAUGCUUGUUCCACUUGUUGGUCCCUCCCACAGUCCAAUGAUUCUUUCUAUGAUGGGUUGUCCAACUUCACUUUCAGCAUAGCUUCUAUAGUUCAUUCAAGUGUAGUGAAAUUGGCCAGUUGGAUAUCUACAAAUCAUAUGGUGCAAUAUAUAAGAAACCAUCAAGAGGGUGCACAACACUGAGUCUAUUAGAGGGAUGGUUGCAUGCCCAGGAAACAUCUAUUUCGCACGGACAGAUUUGUAUGUAUCUUUGGAGUUAUUACUAAUUGGAAUGAUUCAAAAGUAGCAACGGGCCUCUGGGAUUCUUUCAGAUUUCUAAAUGCCCUAUUUCCAUGUCUUUCCAAGAAGCCAGCUUCCUGCAAUCCUAAUGAAGGUGGAGAUUCUGAGUUGCCCAAAGCUGGAGUUCAAACUAAAUGAAUGUUGUCGAAUGAAAAAGUAGAACAUCACUUCUUGUGAAUACAGAUUUUGGGUGGUAGAGAAUGGAAUAAUGCACCACAACACGUUUCUUGUACAUCUUGCAAUGAUGCUCUUCCACAAUGAUCAAAAGAAACAAAGUAGUCAAAACUAGGCAAUGACACGAUUUUUCCUCACGGAGGAAGGUGAGGGAAAGGAAAGGAUGCAACCCAAUGCAAAGGUGCAUCAGAUUGCUGUGUUUUGACAAGGGGAGGAAGAGAUGGAGAACGCAAGAUGCUUCUUUUUGGUAACAUGAAGAAGUCAUUAAGGCAAGUUGUUUGGCUCAACCAAAAGAGGAAGAAACAGAGAAAAAGAACCCAAGACCCAUCGGAGGAUACUGGUGUGACACCACACCCUUGUAAAUUUAAACAAGCAGCUCGUUUGAAAAAGGUUCAUUUGAUAUACCCAUGAGUGCUACACUUUUGUAAUUUCAUUAAACUGUCAUGCCACAAACCGUGUGGAUCAAUAUAUUGUGCUAUUACAACCA